CUGGAUCCAUUCUGCAUGUGAAGUGUGAACUAACCUUGCAAACGCGGGAAAAGUUUGUUUACAUUCUAUUUGUUAUUAACAAUAUCAUAUAUAAAUUAUAAAAAUAAAAAGUGUUAAUUAUUUAAAAAUAUAAUUUGUAUAUUUUCAUUAUCAAAAGAUGGCUGAAAGAGUUGAAGAUCUUAAUCUUCCAAAUGCUGUUGUUACGAGAAUCAUCAAGGAGGCAUUACCUGAUGGUGUUACAGUUGCUAAAGAAGCAAGAAUUGCUGUUGCAAAAGCAGCAUCAAUAUUUAUUUUGUACUUGACAACAGCUGCAAAUACAAUUGCCAAAAAAAAUAACAGAAAAACAAUAAGUGGUACUGAUGUUAUACAAGCCAUUGAAGAUAUUGAAUUUGAUAAAUUUAUUGAUGGUCUAAAAGAUGCAUUGGAAAAUUUUAAAAAAUCACAAAGAGAAAAAAAAGAUGCUAAUACUAAAAAGAAAUUACAAACAUCAAAGCCAGAUGAUGAUGUUAUUGACAUGACUGAAGAUGAGUAA